AUGAAGGAAACAGCACGGAUAAGAAGAACACCAACAACAGAAACCAUGAGCAAGUGGCAAUGCACUGCAGGUUCAUGCUUCUUGUGCGCCAUGAAGGAAAGCAACCCAUGUAAGAGAAUGGCAGCGUUUUCCAAGUACUUCAAGGAGGUGGCCCACAAUGAUGAUCCAGAUCUAGUGCUGGUCCUGAGCAGUCUCUGGAGCAUAGCCAUGAAACAGCCUGACGAUCCUGAAUUCCCAAUGUUUGGCAUCUUCCACUCUAUGUCUCAGCUGAUUGAGAGGGCCCUUAAUGACAAAGAAUGGCUUCAUAGUGGACAGAAUGUCUAUAUUCCUUAUUAUGCUGCCCAUAUCAUAGGAUCUUACACCAUGAACAUGGAGGAAUUUGCAGAAGAGGCAGUAAGAGCAGGUGUGAUCCCUCCUUUGGUGGAACUCAUGAAAGGAAGUUUGAGUUGGGUAGAGCAGAGAGUAGCUGUGAGGGCACUAGGUCACCUUGCUAGCUAUGACAAGACAUUUGAAUCAGUUGGAAGUGAAGAUGAAGAGGUAGAAAAGAUAGUGAGGUUGGCUAUGGAGGUUGCCUCUGGGUCUGUUGACGUGGUGUAUGUGGAGUUCAUCAUGAAGGAGAGGAGGCUUAGUUAUCAGAGCGACUUGCUGACGAGAGGGUUAGGUGAUGAGGGGAUGGAGAACAAGAAGGCAGAGGAAUGGGCAAGCCAAAUGCAGUGCUGGUCUCUGCAUCUUCUGAAUUGUUUUGCUAGCAAGGAGAGAGGACUCGGUCUCAUACUGCAAGAUGAGUUUUUAAGGGAUAUCUGUGGGAUGUGGGGAGGAAUCACCAGUGAGAAUUCAUCCGCUGGCAUCGGGCUCAUGAGAAUUCUAUGCUAUAAAGCUUUAGGAAGAAACCGCAUUGCGGGAUGCCGAGAGGUAUUGAGUGCUCUCUGCAAUCUGUCAAGGUCUUCGGGCGAUUGGCAAUAUAUGGCCAUUGAUUGUCUACUGUUGUUGAUACAAGAUCACCACGUAAAAGUAAAGGUCAUAGAUGCAGUCAUUGAGGUCCUAGCAGACUUGGUCGAGUUGAAAACACUCGGGCACAGACAACAAGUCGGGGAAGCCAUCACCAACGCCCUCCUUAAAGAGAAGGGCAACACAGCUCUAUCCCCCACUGCUCAAAGAUUCAUUCAAUGGAUUCACACAGCUACACUCCAAAGAAGCAAGGAAAAAACUUUAGCUGCUGCUGAGUUACAAGCAAGAAGAGCCCUAUCAUCAGCAAGAAAGCUGCAAGGGAAUGCCAAGUUCACAACUGGGGACUACCAUGGUGCUGUCCUGAAGUACACAGAGGCACUGGAGGUGUGCCCUCUGAUCAUGAGGAAGGAUAGGGUCGUCCUCUACAGUAACAGAGCCCAGUGUCACCUCAUGCUAGGGGAAGCCAUUGCCGCGGUUAGGGACACGACGCGUGCUCUGUGCCUCUCCAGCCCUGUGAACUCUCACGCCAAGAGCCUGUGGAGGAGGUCUCAGGCCUAUGACAUGCUCGGCUGCUCUAAGGAAAGCCUCACGGACUGCAUGAUGUACGUUAAUGGUGGCCCUGCAAGUAAGGAUGGGAAGAGUGUAAGAGUUCCACAUUAUGCUGCACGCAUGAUCAGUAAGCAGAUGAAUGCCACGUGGAUUUUUUAUCGAGCCAGGAAGAGAUAUCUGAAUACCAGCAAGAGUGGUGAUGAUCUCCAUGGAAAACCAUGUUUCCCACUUCCUACCAUCCACGAGGAGUCUUCUUCUUCCUCCUCUUCUCGUUCUGAAGAAGAAGAAGAAGAAGAAGAAGAAGACGACGACGACAAGAGAAAUAAGAGCGGAGGAGGACGGAGAACGUGGAGCUACAGAAAGCGGAGAAUGGCGAAGGGGAAUGUUGCAGUAAGGAUGCUCGCACGCAGCGUGGCGCAUGAUGGGGAUGCGUUCUUUUGA